AUGCCCAAUCGUAUCGACAUCCCCACCUACUCUUCUCUUCUGGAUUUCUGCUUGGGCACCAAGAAUCUCCCCAAAUUACUGCAAACCCACGGCCGUCUCGUCGUCCAUGGCAUUUCUCACCAUGAUUUCCUCCGAGCCAAGCUUGCCGCGGCCUACGCCAGCUGCGGCCGGAUGCAAGAAGCCGGCACCAUCUUCUCCUGGACCAACAAGCAGAGCACCUUCCUCCACAACGCCAUGAUCAGGGGCUACACCAACCGCAAGGGGUUUCGCAGAGCAUUCGAAGUCUACUGCCAUCUUCUUUCCUCCGGCCGCAGACCGGACAACUCGACCUUCUCGGCGAUCCUAAAAGCUUCUGCGAACUGGUCAGCUUUGCAGAUAGGUCGACAGAUUCAUGGCGUCAUCUUUGUUUGUGGAGUCGAUUCAGAUAUUUUAGUUGGCAAUACCCUCAUCACCAUGUAUGGGAAAUGUGGGUGCCUGGAGCGAGCGCGCCAAGUGUUCGAUGAAAUGUGUCAUAGAAACUUGAUUUCGUGGUCUUCGAUGGUGGGAGCGUAUGCGAUGCAUGGCCUGGGAAACGACGCUCUGAAGGUGUUCGAGGAGAUGAGGGCUGCAGGAGAGGAGCCCGAUGAGGUGGUGUUGACGUCCGUUUUGGCGGCAUGCUGGCAUUCAGGGAUGGUGGAGAGGGGGUUGGAGUAUUGGAAGAAGAUGGAGGUCGACUGGGGGUUGAAGAGGAAAUUGGAACAUUACACUUGUGUGGUGGGAUUGCUUGGUAGGGAUGGUCUGUUUGAACAGGCAAGGAGGCUAGUUGAAGAGAUGGAGUGGGAGCCUGAUGGUGCUGUGUGGCGCGUGUUGUUAGGCAUAUGCAACAUAAGGUCGAAGCCCAUCUUAAGGAAAUUAGCAUAUCCUCAAACGUUUGAUGAAUGAUGCAAUGCUCUCUCUUUCUUGGGAAAUCCUCUCUAAAUAGGUGAAUUUUCCAUGUCCCUUUCCUUGUUGGAUCUACCAAUUUCAUGGUGCAAGAAAAAAGAGAGAAGAGGGAACGAGACAAAAAAGAAGGUAUAUGUGUAAAUUGAAAUCAACAAGACUGCCAAGUAUUACCGGA